ACAAGAAUUAUGAUCAGUAAAUAUAGAGCACAAUGCUUUAUUCUGUUCUAUUUUUAGAAUACAAUCUAGACAUUCUUUCAUUCAGACGACCAAUGUUUUUUGCCAUUUCUUCGGUUGCCAGAACCGAAAUUCGGCAUUAGUUCAAGCGAAGCGUUUGUUUUUUUUUGUGAUGAAGAGACAAAAUUAUUUUUGCGUGAUUUUUUCACAUCAAGAAUACAACCAAAAAAUGAAUGGAUCAAACGGCGACAAAUGAGGAUUAUUCAAAUUCGGCCAUUGAAGAUGAUGAUGAGUAUGAAAUAUUCUCCAUCGAAACACUAGAUGGCAAUGGAGAACCGGCAUUUUUUUCAUGUUCAUUUUCAUUGCAUCGUCAUCAUCAUCAUCAUCAUCAACAACAACAACAGAAUUCUGAUCUUAAAACUACCACAACAUCGACAAGAAUUAGCGACGAAAGUGAAUUACAAGGAUUGGUUAGCAUUUGUAAUAAUAUCGGUAAUUCAUCUGUGAUCCCACAUUCAUCAUCAUUUACCACCAUUGCUGCCAACAAUAAUAAUUCGAUCCAUGAUGAUAAGCAUGAAUUUGAAUCAUCAUCAUCGUCAUCAUCAUCAAUGACGGUUAUGACCACCGACAAUGACAUUGAUGAAUCUGAAAGCGAUGAUCAAAUGUCCAUGGACAAUAAUAACAAUAAUAACGAAAAAGAAAAUUCGAAUGAAAACGUAGAACAACAACAGGAAUCUGGACUGGCCAACAGCAUUGUACAAGAGAAUAAAAUUGAUUUACAAGUAAAUAUUCGAAUUCGGAAGAAACAGUCGCCAACGAAUGGAAUGAACAAAAUGGUAUCUACAAAGUUGCCAAUCUCGUCAUCAUCAUCAUCAUCUUCAAUGAUUGUUUCAUUAGUGAAAAAUGUAUUUAGUAAAAAAAUUCUUUUUCCUUUAAUUCUGUUGCUAUCGAUUCUUGCAUUGGUAUUGUUACACAAUGGAUCACUUAAUACACGUAAAACGCCGACACCAAAGAAAAUUUUUUCGAUAAAUAAUCCGUUCAUAACUGAAUUUGAAUUUGGUCAGAUUAAAGAACUAUGGGCCCGUAUCUUACAGACGGAAAUAGCAUUCAUCAUGUUCUAUGCACCAUGGGAUUCAGAUUCAAUUCGAGCACGUAGUGAAAUAGAAAUAGUUGCUAACCAUUAUGGUCAACAGAUAUUUUUCGCCGCCAUUAAUUGCUGGUGGCCCGAUGGUGAAUGUCGAAAAUAUCACAAUCUUCGUCGUUAUCCACAUUUUGUAGCACAUAUUCGUAGUGAAGGCGAAAUUGAAUAUAAAGGUCCGAUAUUGGCAAGUUAUAUAAUACCAUUUUUGGAUAAUGUAAUGAAUCCAUUGAUACCGGUACAAAAUGAAGGUGAACUAUUGGAUCUUCGUGCGCAACACGAUGCUGUUGUAUUGGGUUAUUUUGAUUUUAAUCAAUCACCAGGUGGUGGUGGCCAAAUUCCAAGUGGUUAUCGUGCCUAUUUAACAACAUCGAUCAAAGCACUAUCGAAUGAUCCAUGGCGUUCAGUCGUUUUCACUGUGGUAACAAAUUCUCGUGUUGCUAUGAAACUAAAAAUCGAUCCUCAACGUGAACAAUCCUCAUUGAUUAUAUUUGUUGGCAAUAGUACUGAACAUUUUACUGCCAAAUUUUCCAAACCAUUUACAUUGCUCAGUUGGAUACAAAGCCGUGCAGAAUUGGCUCGUACUAUUCGUUGGAUGAAUCCAUCCGGUGUUAAAAGCACUCUAUUAUCUGAUUUCAUACGUAAAACUCCUACAUUUGUAUUGUUUACACCACGAAGUUUCCUAUUGGGUAUAUCACCCUAUUAUGAUCUGCUCAGAGAAAUUGUUCUUGAUUAUAACAAUUGUGAUAAUUCUCCCGUGAUACGUUCAUUGAUCCACCGAAAUAUUCUACGAAGACGAUUGUUAGAGGAACGUUUGGCCGAACUAGAAGAACGUUGCCAUGAAUUACUUGAUUCAAGAGAUGAUAAUGAUGACCAAUCAUCCGGCACCGAUUCAUCAAUGAAAACAAGCAGGAAUAAAUUUCAGGAUAGUGUAGAUACAUGUUGCCAUACACAGACGGUCAAAUGGCGAUCAUUUGGUGGUGCUCGACAUGGAAUGCGUAAAAAAUGUCUUUGUACUUCAUGCGUUCAUAUUUAUCUGCCAAAAUGUCCGGCUCGUUGCCAGAAUUUUGAUUGUUUUUCAACCGCUUCUCGUUAUCUAGAUGAAUUUGAUCCAAAUUAUGUGAAUAAUUCAGCGGUUUAUUGUAAUCAAAUCAAAGAUGUUUAUCAGCCAAAAUAUACACCAUAUUAUAAAAUUGUGACAACUUGUAGUGGAAAUCUUCAGGAAUCAUUACAACAUUCCGAUAGUGAUAAUAAUCAUCAACUUGGAAAACAAUGGGCGGCGGAUGAGAAAAUUAAUCGUAUGAUCAAAGAAUUUGAAAUACAACAUUGUCGUAAAUUAAAACUUGGUAUGAAUUAUACGGAUCUAAAUUUUCCAGAAACAUUCGAUCAGCAACAACAGAAAUCGACGAUAAAUCAACGGCAAAGAAUGGCAAAUUUUACUGGACUUGCAUGUCAUACAAAUCGAACAUUGAAAUUUAUGGCAUUCGAUUCAUUAAUUUACGGUGCAUUUGCCGAAUCACUUGGUGUGGAUGUAUUCAAUGUUCCUCAUUCAACUAUAGCAUUGAUUAUUGAUCCUGAACGAGAAUCUGUUCAUCUUCUUGAUCAUGAAAUUUUAUUCGAUGAAAUCGAAAUACGUAAUGUUGAUUCAAAAUCAGCUGUCACUGUACCAAGAAAUUCAUAUUCAAAAAUUGCAUUUAUUGAAUUUAUACGUAAUUUUACCGAUGGAAAAUUACCACGUUUUUAUCGUAAUCAUCGGCCACGUUCAUCCGGUUUUUGUAAUGAUUAUGAACAACAGCAAAUGAUUAUCGAACGUAAUGGAUCGAAUAUUGUAUGCGUACCUGAAUUGAAUACAAUGACAUUUUUGAAUCUGAUUGUGGGCAAACCUUUGGAGAAUCAAAAAUUUUCACAACAUGCUGCCACACAACAACAUCAGCGGAAUGAUCGAAAAUUUCUUGACAAAGACAUUGUUGUCAUGUAUUAUGCACCUUGGUGUGGAUUCUGUAGUUCGAUUGCACAUGUCUAUCUGGAUGUGGCAAGGAUUUUCGAUUUUUCCGAUGAUAUCAUUUUUUCAAGAAUUAAUGGCGAUUCUAAUGACCUGCCGUGGGAAUAUACGGUGGAUCGAUAUCCGACGAUAAUAUUUUUUCCAGCUCGAAAACGUUCAAACUCUGUAACAUAUCCGCCAUCGAAAGCUGUUGAUCGUUCUGGACUGUUUAAAUUUAUUCUCGAUAAUGCUCAACAAUCAGUCAGACUUCGUAUGUCGAUAGCUUUAUGUCAAAAAUCCUGUUUAAAACGAAGUUAUCAGACAAAUUAUUGGCAACGACAAAAAACUGAGAGAUGGAUAUCAUCAACAUUGAAUGAAUUAAGUUUUAUUCAUGAUGAAUUGCGUAAAAUUGAUGCAAGAUUAAAAACGGCAAAAGAUUUACGAGAAAGAAAACGUUUGCAAGAAAAACGAAAUGUUUGGAAACGAUUUGAAUUACAAUGUAUUCUACGUCGUAUUCACCGUCACCGUCGUAUACAAUGGAAACAAAUUCUUUUGAAUCAAUUUAUUCUAAUGAAAAUCGAUCACAUUCAACGAUAUAAUUUCGAUUUUGAACAUUUAAAUAGGCAACUACAAUCGUUAUUAAUGGCAACAGUAUCUACUACUAAACAUCGGUCAAACACAACAACAUCAAGUCAUCAUCAUAAGGAAACAUCACAUCGAACAUUGACUAUGAAACGUUCGAAUACAACGAAAUCAUCACGUCUUCCAAAACUGAUUAAACGGCGUAAAGAUGAAUUGUGAGUGGAAAACAGUGUGCCUUGAUCUUUUUGGUGUUAUUUUUUCAAAUUUUUAUUAUUAAUCACAAAAAAAUAAUUACAAAUUACAAAUUAUUUUGUUGA